AUGAAAAAAUUAGUAUUUGAUACAGCUAUUAGUAUUGUCAAAGAAAGUGUAUUAAAAGUGCUAUUGAAAUAUGACAUAAGAAAUUGGAAUCCGCGAAAAGAAAAAAAGCAGGGAAAGAAAGAACGAAUAAAAAAGGAACAAAAGUCCGAAGAAAACGUAAAAGAAAAUGCAACUGAAAAUAUCAAAUUAAAAUAUGGACCAUCUGUGAGAUUUCCUUAUCAAAGAGUAAGGCAGGGUAAAGAAAUUUAUGUAAUAAAACAGAAAGAGUCUUUAUUAAGAUGUAUGCUAAGUGCUGGGUGUCUAAAUGAUUAUGAAGGUAAAAUUAGCAAAUAUUCUGAAUGUAUACCUAAAAAAUGUGGAAUUAUAGCUACAGAUUUAUUAGUGAAAUCAACAAACACUAUGAACAGGAACAUUAACACAAACAAUUUUGGAGAAAGAUAUAACAUUCGUUAUACAACUUUACUUUAUCUCGUCGAAGAAAUUUCGAGGGUAGUCGAUCUGUAUUUUGAUAAAAAUAAUGUUAAAACGAUAAUAGAACCCCGUAAAGGUAAAGUAUUUAUGUUCACUUCAGGUAGUGAAAAUUUACAUGCAAUUGGAAAAAUACAAUCGGGAACUAGAUAUGCAUUGAUCGUACCUUUUACGUGUGAUCCAACUUCCGCAACUCCCGAUCCAAAUUAUCGAACGAAACUAGAAAAAUAA